GCGCUGUCAUAUGCUGAAGAGAUCGCAUCUCUCCAAUUUCUCCGUCUUUUCUUACUUUCCUAUCUUUCCACCUUAUAAAUUUAAUUUCCUCUCCACCCAAAGUUUCGCACAAUUUCAACCAAAAUUCUCAUACCCCAAAUAAAAAAAAAAAAAAAAAUUAAAUGUCGAAAAAGGGUGGUGCUAAUUUCCAGGAUUUGCUUCCGGUAAUGGCAGAGAAAUUGGGGGGAGAGGGGCUGAUAAAGGAGCUGUGUAAUGGUUUUGAAGUACUGAUGGACAAAGAGAAAGGGGUGAUCACAUUGGAGAGCCUUAGGAGAAACUCUUGGCUUUUGGGUGUGCGUGACAUGGCUGAGGAAGAGCUUCUUAGCAUGAUGAGGGAAGGCGACUUGGAUGGCGAUGGCGCUUUGAAUCAAAUGGAGUUUUGUGUUUUGAUGUUCAGAUUAAGCCCUGACUUGAUGCAACACUCUUUGUAUUGGCUUCAACUUGCUCUCGAAAACGAGUUUUAAUUCAACCUUUUUUCAUUUUCUUCUUCUUCUUCUUUUCUUUUUUUUUUUUCCCCUUUGGAAAGAGGAUCGAAGUUCCAAAACUAGCGUCGUCCCCUGUCUGCCUUUCUACCUGAAGAUGCACGCGCAUGCCUGUGGGGAGUUCGAUGAAAUGAUGUGGUUUCAUUUUGAAUUGAGGAAUAUAGGAAGCCGCUUCUGCCUUUAAUUUCGUUUUAUUCCAAGCGUUGCUAUUCUACUUUGUGUUAUAUAACUGCGAACUAGUAAAUAAUGAAAGGAAUGGCAAAGUUAUUAUUAUUUUCUUAUGCAA